CCUUUAUUGGCUCAGAAAAAUGGAGUCAGAUGACGUCGGUGUUUCCGGGUUUUCUAGUUCCUUAGGAAAAUGGUGAGGUUACUGUCGGUCAUGUCUGGUAGCAGCGUAAAGAUCAGCAGGCGUGUUGUUGCUGAAGUGGUAUUUGUGAGAACUGCUGAGUGAUCACUCCACCAGUGCUGAUAUAAAGGUGUCAAGGCUGCGCCUUCUGACGGAAACCACCGUCCCUUCAGUCAACGACGUUCCAUUCCGUUCCGUUCCAUUCCCAUUCCCCCCAAAACUAUGACUUUGAAAGUCGACGCACACUUGGUCGUCUUCUUCCCCUUCUACCUGCUGAUGUGGAUGUACACGAUGGUCACCUUCCUGCCAUGGUACCUGCUCACGGGAGCCCAGGCGAAGAAAGUGGCGGCGAAGCGGGUAAAGGCCAGGCCCACCUUGCGCGUGGCUGAGGGUCCGUAUCGCUCCGUAGACCAAUUUGACUCACUGGCCACUAUGGACUUCCCUGGCAUGGACACCCUGGACAAGCUGUUUGAGCACGCCAUGCAGCGAUUCGCCGACAGGGACUGCCUGGGCACCCGCGAGGUACUCAGCGAGGAGAAUGAGAUGCAGCCGAACGGCAAGAUCUUCAAGAAGCUGAUUUUGGGCGAGUACCGCUGGAUGAGCUACAAAGACAUGGAGACGGCCAUCAGCCAUUUCGGCAGCGGGCUGGCGGCACUGGACCAACAACCCAAGAGCACCAUCGCUAUCUUCUGUGAGACGCGGGCUGAGUGGAUGAUCAGCGCGCAGGCCUGCUUCCGGCGCAACUUCCCCCUGGUGACCUUAUACGCCACUUUGGGAGCAGAAGCUGUGGUGUACGGGCUAAACGAAUCCGGGGUCACCCACCUCAUCACCAGCGUGGAAUUGCUGGAGACCAAGCUGAAGAAUGUGCUGCCAGAAAUUCGGAAGCUGAAGCACAUCAUUUAUGUGGACAAGAAGAAGGCGAGUUUCUCGGGCUACUCAGAAAGACUGCAGAUCCACAGCAUGCAUGAGGUGCAGAAGCUGGGAGCCAGACCUGAGAACCUGAACAGGGAGUUUCAGAGACCCACACCCUCCGACCUGGCUGUGGUCAUGUACACCAGCGGCUCCACCGGCCAGCCCAAAGGCGUCAUGAUCAUCCACAGCAACCUCAUCGCAGGCAUGACGGGACAAUGCGAGAGGAUUCCGGGCCUGGGACCAAAGGACACGUACAUCGGCUACCUCCCACUGGCCCACGUCCUGGAGAUGACCGCUGAGAUCUCGUGUGUGACGUACGGCUGCCGGAUUGGCUACUCCUCUCCUCAGACGCUGUCUGACCAGUCAACAAAGAUCAAGAAAGGCAGUAAGGGAGACUGUUCUGUGCUGAAACCCACUCUGAUGGCAGCUGUACCGGAGAUCAUGGACCGCAUCUACAAGAACGUGAUGAGCAAGGUGCAGGAGAUGGGCUACAUGCAGAGGACACUGUUUCAGCUGGGAUACGACUAUAAGCUGAAGCAGGUCAAAAUGGGCUAUGAUGCACCGCUUUGCAAUAAGCUGCUGUUUAAGAAGGUGAGGGCCCUUUUGGGGGGGAAGGUGCGUAUGAUGCUUUCGGGAGGGGCGCCCCUGUCCUCUGCCACACAGCGCUUCAUGAACGUCUGCUUCUGCUGCCCGGUGGGCCAGGGCUAUGGGCUGACCGAGACCUGCGGCGCGGGAACCAUCACGGAGGUGGCGGAUUAUAGCACUGGCAGAGUUGGUGCUCCACUCAUCUGCUGCGAGAUCAAACUGAGGGACUGGGCCGAGGGCGGCUACACGACCCGGGACCAUCCCCACCCGCGUGGGGAGAUCCUGAUCGGGGGUCCCAAUGUAACCAUGGGCUACUACAGGAGCGACUGCAACAGCGGCGACUUCUUUGUGGACGAACAGGGCCAGCGCUGGUUCUGCACAGGCGACGUGGGUGAGAUUCACCCUGAUGGCUGCCUGCAGAUUGUGGAUCGAAAGAAGGACCUCGUGAAGCUGCAAGCUGGAGAGUACGUCUCUCUGGGGAAGGUGGAGUCUGCGCUGAAGAGCUGCCCCCUCAUCGACAACAUAUGCGCCUAUGCCAACAGUGACCAGAACUAUGUCAUCAGUUUCAUUGUGCCCAACAAGAAAAAGCUGACGGAUCUUGCAAGUGGGAAAGGAGUCCAAGGGACCUGGGAGGAGAUCUGCAACCACCCCGCCAUGGAGGCCGAGGUCCUGAAGGAGAUCAAAACGGUUGCUAAAUCAAACAAACUGCAGCGGUUUGAAAUCCCAGUCAAGGUCCGUUUGAGCCCAGAACCCUGGACGCCGGAGACAGGCCUUGUCACUGAUGCCUUUAAACUCAAGAGGAAGGAACUGAAAGAUCACUAUCUCCAUGACAUUGAAAGAAUGUAUGGGGGAAAGUAGGGCCAUGGUCAAGCCUACGAACAUCUGUAAUGAUUAUUGAAGCCCACAGGAUCACUACUUUUUGUUAGAUCGCUUUUAGUGGUGACUUGUCAGUCCCUGACAUUGGGACCGUGUCAAAUAAUAGUUUUAGAUCACAGAGCUUAAAGUAUUGUGUGUAGGGACUUAAACAGUACCAGCUUUACAGAAACAUCCAAAAGGUGUCAUGUCAAGUAUCACGAGCAUUUUUUCAAGGAAAGUAAAACUGCCAUUUAAACUGCCUAACAAUCAGAGGUGGAAAGGUGUUUCAACUAACCAGUUGAGUAUAAACAGACAUAGUCACAGUGUACUCAACUGGCUGGUUGAAAUAAAACCUUGCACUGGAUUUAUACUUUCUGGACCUGAACUUUCCACCUCUGCUAACAAUCUUUUGUAACUUAAUCUGUGAAAUAUACUGUAUGUAUAUCAGCUUUCUUAAUAACACAAAAGGGAGUAAGAUGCACCGAAUGUUGGGCAUCUCAGCAUCUCUGACCACUGUCUUCUGGUGAAUCCAGGUAGCCGGCCAUCCAUAAGUGUAAGUUACUGCUGAUUUAUGUGUGACGUUUUUUUUUCCUUCCAACUUUGUCCCUAAACAUUGGCUCAAGCUUUUGACUUUAUUGCUGCAGCAAUUUCGCUGUAUGUUUAGGAAACUUGUACUGUAUUUGGUGGGAGAAAUGCUGUAUUUGAAGGGAAAACACAUAGAGAUACAAUUCUGGAGGCUGUCACAGUUUGGCGUGUAAAUGCGUGGAUGGUUGGCUCCCUUAGGUUUCCAGCAGAAGUGCUGUGCCUUGUGUGAAGAUGCGUAACUGAAGUCAUUGAUAUAUUUAUCUAAGUGGUUCGCCAAUUCAUUUUAUAUAAACUAAUUUAAUAUUUAAGUCAAAUGUUCAGCUAUGAACUUAUUUAGCCAAUUUUUUUUCUUCAGUUUCCAAAGUCUGCCUCUGCAAGGUCGACUGGUCGUCAUCAUGAUAUAUAGCACAGAAUGGUCCAUGAUUCCAGAACAAAUUUUUCAGGGGUUAGAAUGACCCAUGUCAGCUGGAGGAUGACGUGGACAGAGGACAUAUUAGCCACAGUCAUCUAUAUACGCUACACAAAUGGUGGCACACAUUCAUCCUGCAUGGCGUCAGAGUUAUUUGCACUUUUUUGUAUUUGAACUACUUUUUCCUCUUUCUAGAUUAUUCUUUUGCCUGAGGUUUAUGUGUACCACAAUUUGUGCUCAGCCUAUUAUGACUGUCAGAUAUGUCUACAAACCACCACUGACCCAAAUUGUAAAUAAUUAUUCAUUGAAAUAUUGAUAUAAUUCAUAUUUUGCACAAUUAAAAAGGUGAUGUGUAAUGACUUGAGUAGGAAAUACAUUAAACUGUUCAUGGGCACAUGAAGUUUUCAAUGUUUACUUUUAGAAAUGUUAAGAAUGAAGGUGUAUGAUCUGAAAUGCUUGAAAGUUUUGGUUUGUUUGUAAAAUGACUAUUCAUAUUCAAGCCACAACUAACCUGAAAUUGAAAUACAAACUCAUAAAUCUACAUUCAUUUGGAAUCUUCUACAUUUUUUUUUCUCUAGCUGUUUUACACAUACAACUUUAACUGUAUUGAAGCCUGGGCUAUUUCUUGUCAUUUUUUAGAAACUUUUUUUUGGUUAAUACCAUGUGUCAUGAUUGUGUAAUAGAUAUUUCAGUUGACUGUAAAUUGUAGACCACUAGCUUGUGUGUGUGUGUAUGUAGAAAUGAAGAAAAUGUGCCGACAAGUUGUGUCUAGAAGUGCCUGAAAUAGUGAAAUAGUUUGGGUUAUGAUUGUGUGAAGCACAUGAAAGGGACACUAAAUUUCAAUGUUUAUAUUCCCUCCAAUUGAUUUUAGGUAUUUUGGGCAUUUUCUGUUUGCAUGCCUGCAGAUUUCAUCAAAUUGAGAAUAGACAAUAUACAAUUGUAAUCUUAACCAGAUUCAGAAAUUGACAAAAUACAGUCAAUUGCACUAAAUGCUAAAAUGUCAGAGUAAUUUAAGUGGUCAUUUGUGUUUGAAAGAACGCAAACAAUGUCCUGUCUGACGCUUGCUGCAUUUUUUUUGUUUGGGGUGGUGGGGGGGGGGGGUGAAAUUAUUUUAUCGUUUUCCUCUCCAAUUUAAAAUAUUUGAUUUCACCUGUGAAGUUUGGCACAGCAAAUUAAAGACAAAUUGCAUAACUGGUGUCACUGGGGGAAAACAAUGACACCAGAAGGAAAUGCAUUCUGUGAGGCCUCAGGGUUUAUAAAAUGCCAAACAUUGUUUAAAGUUUGGAAGUAAUGUGUAAUUUCCAAUGCAAUCUUUUUUUCUUAAUUUUUGAUUUGAAUACUGUUAUUUAUUCAAUUGUGAUUUUUGUGUUUGACAAUGGGAUAGUUACCCGCCUUUCCUGGUUAAUGUAUCUGUUGUGUACAAUAAAAUUUAAGUAUUUGAGACA